GUUGCGUUUCUUUUAUCUAAAUCCAGAAUAUUUUAAAAUCAAUAAUUCUGAAGCUCAGAUUCUUAGAAAUCUGUACAGUUCAAUUAUCACAGAUUUGUUUUUUGAUUCUGGAAGAUACAAUGUAAAUUCACAAGUUGAACUAAAUGCCAAUAAGGAAAGAAGAAACAAGGAUACAACCAUAAAUGAUAAAAUAGUUUUAGCUUUAGUACCAGAUAUUAAAGUUGGGUACAAAAAAAGGGAUCUAGAAAUAUUAAUAUUGGAACUUAAGAAGUGUCAAGUUAGCAGCGAGCUAAGAAACAAAUUAUCAGAUAAAUUAAAAAUAGCAACACUUCUCCAUGAUAUGUUGAGGUCAAUAUAUUUAAUACUUCCAGAGGAAAACAAGCACUUAAUAUCAAAAAUAAAUGUUUAUGGAAUGUUAAUAUCUGGAACAAAAAUAAAGAUAUAUCAAAUGAAUUUGCCAUUUCAACAACUCUACAUAUUAGAUAUGAUAUCAGAAUUUUCAUUACCACAAAUUAUUAAUGAUUUUGAUUUAAUGUAUAAUGCAACAGUAAAUUUUAUAAAAUUAAGAAAUUUACUUGAUGAAAACUUUGACAAAUUAAUAGAAGCAUUAAAUGUUAUAUCACAACCAAAAUCAACUUCAACCAAUGAAAUAUCAUCAACACCUUCUCAAGAAUAG